CCGUGAAAACUCAUUCAUCACGCGCUGUAUUCUUACCAAGCUAACGUUAGCCGUUGGCCUGAAGCGCUGAACGUGUUAAAGUGUAAUUAUGGUUUAAGUAGCAGGCGCAGAUGCAUAUAACCGAAUCUGUUCAGCUAUCCUAUCAGUUUAUCGGUGCAUCUAUACUGAGCGACACUUUUCCUGCUUGGAUUACGGGGAGCUAACGUCUCGUGUUAUGGGAGAGACACGGAGGUCAGACGAGCGGUGGGCUGUCAACGGCGGGUUCCAAGUAAAACGAGCCUGCUUUGACAGAUAUCUGUUUGUGUUGUAGCACUGAACAUCUCACAAGUGCACCAUGCCGGGGAAACUAAAAGCCAAAAUUGUGGCAGGGCGCCACUUGCCUGUGAUGGACAGAGCCAGUGAUCUUACUGAUGCUUUUGUAGAGGUAAAGUUUGGAAACACAACUUUCAAAACUGACGUCUGUCCAAAAUCUCUCAAUCCACAGUGGAACUCUGAAUGGUUCAAAUUUGAGGUUGAUGAUGAGGACUUGCAGGAUGAGCCUUUGCAGGUCACAGUGCUGGAUCAUGACACUUACAGUGCAAAUGAUGCCAUAGGGAAAGUUUACAUUGAUAUUGACCCGCUGCUGUGCACUGAGGCUGCCUCUGUCAUCUCUGGCUGGUUUCCAAUCUAUGAUACCAUACAUGGUAUCAGAGGAGAGAUCAAUGUGCUUGUCAAAGUGGAGCUUUUCAAUGACCUGAACCGAUUCAGACAGUCCUCUUGUGGGGUCAAAUUCUUCUGCACCACAUCUGUUCCCCGGUGCUAUCGGGCUGUAAUGGUGCACGGGUUUGUGGAAGAACUUGUGGUGAAUGAAGAUCCAGAGUACCAAUGGAUUGACCGUAUUAGAACUCCUCGGGCCUCCAACGAAGCACGCCAGAGGCUCAUCUCUCUAAUGUCUGGAGAGCUGCAGAGGAAAAUAGGGCUUAAGGUGCUGGAGAUGGGUGGGAAUGCAGUGGUGGGCUACCUGCAGUGUUUUGAUCUGGAGGGGGAGUCUGGCCUGGUGGUCAGGGCUAUAGGUACAGCCUGCACGCUGGACAAACUCAGCUCAGGAAGUGCCCCCAACACCAACACUCAUAUGCACCCUAACACAGCGCCUGCUUCCAAUGCCUGCAACUCCCCUUCUAAGGACGGAAAGGAGCCGGUAUUUGGAGACGACCUGCUCUCGUCCUCCGGCCCGCCAACCCCUUUCAGAGCCCUCCCCACCUCCUCCUCCUCUCCUCCCCCCUUCUCUCCCUCCAAGCCAUGCAGCCGCCAGUCCUCAUCAUCAGACACAGACCUCAGUUUGACACCCAAGACGGAGGUGCCCCAUCCAGUGAGACUCAGGCCCGGGAUCUUCCUUUACCCUAGCUCCCCCACCCUCUCCACAGGCACAGACACUUUGCCCCUUCCUGGUUCUGGCUCAGUGAGCUGUGGUAAAGGCUCUGCCCCCAGGGCCACCACCCCGCCCCCUCCCUCCACCAUCCACUCAGAUUCGGCCUUGCUGAGAAAGAGCGUGUCCUUCACAGAGGACUUGCUGCUGGCAGCCUCCGGAAUGGGCAGUGGUGGCAGCGGAGGGAAGGAAGCAGGGCCUCUGAAGACCCUGCUAAGACAACAGACACAGACGGCUCUUGAGCAGAGGGAGUACCCCUUCUUCACUUUGACAUCUUUCCCGCCUGGUUUUCUGGUCCAUGUUGGUGGAGUUGUCAGCGCUCGCUCUGUCAAACUUCUUGACCGUAUACACAACCCAGAUGAGCCAGAGACUCGUGACGCCUGGUGGGAGGAGAUCCGCCAGGAGAUCAAAUCGCACGCCAAAGCUCUUGGUUGCCAUGCUGUUAUUGGGUACAGCGAGAGCACUAGCAUCUGUGAGGAGGUGUGUAUCCUGUCAGCAUCAGGCACAGCGGCCAUCCUAAACCCUCGGUACAUGCGUGAAGGCUGCUUGGACAUUGGAAUCGUAGACCACAGGUUUGAGGAGUCGUCUCCCCCUAGCUGUGGCUUCUGUCACAUCCCAUAUGAUGAGCUCAACAUGCCCUUUCCUGCCCAGCUCACCUACUGUUACCACUGUCGACGGCAAAAGGUUCCUGAUGUGCUGUUCACAACAAUUGACUUGCCUUCAGAAGCAUCUGUCACAGGGAAGGGCUGCUUAAUCCAGGCCAGACUGUGUCGACUAAAGAAGAAAGCCCAAGGAGAAGUGAAUGCGACAGCCAUUUCCAACAUGCUGCCAUUCAUGGAAUAUGAGCUUCAUACACAAUUGAUGAACAAGCUGAAACUGCGGAACAUGAACGCUCUGUUUGGCUUACGAAUACAGAUCAGUGUUGGAGAGAACAUGCUUCUGGGUCUGGCUUCUGCUACAGGUGUGUACCUGACAGCCCUGCCAGCACCAGGGGGCAUUCAGAUUGCAGGGAAGACUCCUGGUGACCUUAGCAAUGAGCACCAUAUCUCAACCAUCCAGAAACGAAUCAAUGACACCAUCGCCAAGAACAAAGAGCUCUAUCAGAUAAACCCUCCGAAAUUAUUUGCCCUGGACCCUGAGGUGUUCUGCGGCAUAAACAUGGAGCUGACAGAGGAACUGGUUGGUUCUCCAAUUCCUGAGCCAAGGCAACGAUCGAGACUUUUACGAUCUCACUCUGAAAGCUCGGACGAACUAUCAGAACUAGACCUGUCUCAUGGCAAGAAGGAUGCCUUCGUUCUGGAGAUUGAUGACACUGAUGCUGUUGAGGACAUCCACUCCCUCCUCAUUGAUGCCCCCCCUCCCACAGGUUUUUACAGCUGCAACACAGAGGUCAUGCCUGGGAUAAACAACUGGACUUCAGGAGUUCAGAUGUUUACAUCAGUGAGGGUCUUGAGGUUGAGUAAUGUAAAUCUUACUAACCAAGGCUUGAAUAAGAUCUUCACUGACCUCUGUGAAAAUCUGCUCAAGAGUUUCUAUUUCAAGUUGCGCUCCAUGAUUCCCUGCUGCCUUUGUCAUCUCAACUUCACUGUAGCCGUGCCAGAAGAAGAACUUAUACAGGUUGCAGUGACAGCAGUUGCCAUGACAUUUGACAAAGACCAGACACAGGAGAAGCAAGCAGACAAAACCAUCACCAAAGGGUCUGGUGAGACUGAAGAGCAGCUGCAGUUCCCCCUGGAGUUGUGCGCAGACUCCUCUCUCGUCAGCACUCAACCAUCAUCCAAAACUUCAGGUGUCCAAGAGAGUUCCAAUGUGUCUUCCAGAGCUGCCUCCGUUGAUUACGGUUCCUUUGCAGACAGAUGCAGCACCUGGCUAGAGCUGCUUAGGCUGAAAGCUCACACCAUAAGACGAGGAUCAGUUAAGACAAGUAGGAGGACACAGUCUCUAGCACACUCUGUCUCAUCUUUGGAGCGCUCCAGUCCACUGCCUGAUGGACGGUCCCGCUCACUGCGAUCUACACACUCAUUCGGGGGCAGUUCAGUCACUGUGGUGAAGAUGACUCCACUCUCCUUCCUCCCUGGGACACGCAUCAUUAAAUACCUUGGGAUCAUCAACAUGUUUUUCAUCAGAGAGACAACGUCAUUGCGAGAGGAGGGUGGGGUCAGUGGAUUUCUCCACUCAUUCAUAGCAGAGGUGUUUGCAAUGGUUAGAGCCCAUGUAGCAGCCCUCGGUGGCAAUGCAGUGGUUUCCUACAGCAUGAAAGAGUGUGUGUUCAUGGAGAAUCCAAACAAGAAUCAGGCUCAGUGUCUCAUCAACGUGAGUGGUGAUGCCGUCAUAUGUGUCAGGGAAUCGGACCAGGAGCCAGCUCCCACAACGAUAAACUCUGCACAGAGCUGCACUAGUGGAACAGACACAGCUUCAUGACAGUAAAACAUAGAGGCUUGCUUUGUCAGCAAGACACACAAUCUGAGUGAACAUGCUCCCCAAGUCUAGCCGUCCAAAUAUGAGUCAUUAUUGUUUGCCUUAAAACUGUGUAAAAGAUCUAAAGGUUUGGACACAGUUAAUAAAGAACAAGUACUCAUGCACUCUCAAAUAAAAUGCAGUCUUUCUUGAUAUAGGACUAGAGGAUGUCCCUCUUUUUUAAUGUGUAACAGAAAAUUAUGUUUUUAGGAGAAACUUGAUUCAGCUACUGGGGAUCUGAGAGUGUUGAACUUUUUUUUUAUGGUAAAACCUGCAGCCAAAGUAUCACUGCUAUGUAUUAACAACCGUCCAUUUUGGCCAUUUCUUAGUGUGUUAACACAAGAGAUACCUGAGGCAGCUAUGACUAAUUUGUGCGUCAAUUUCUCAAGAGUCAUUAAAGUGAUAUGCCAAAAGGGAUGCAGUCAUAAACCUCCAAAUAAUGUAGUACAUCAGGAUUUUAAACCAGUGUUUGACUUUGUAUUGAGUUUUUUUCAGGUUCUUGCUUACUUUUGAGUGGCUACAUAACUAUAAAACAAGAUCUGCACUAAAGUUUCACAAAGCUAAUGCUCUUACUUUAAAAAGAAAUUACACCCCAAACUAUAAUAUUUAAGGUAGAAUUUGAAAAAUCCUGGCAGGCAUUAGAUGCAUAUUUGUAGUAUUGAAGCAAUAUUUAAUUGGUGACCACUUUCAAAGUUUACAUGGACUUAUUAAAGCAUCCUAAUAACUUGACAUGAGUGCUCACAAAGGCAAUAUUAUACAUACAAUCUGAUAUCCUCAUUAGGUCUAAAAUAAUGAUGUCUCUCAUUACAGCUUUAUGUUUGAGUGACUUGAAUAAAAUUGAGGCCAGGAUAAUAGAGGUAUUAACAUAUUUUUAUAGCAAUAUAGCAUACUUUGUAUCCCAGUGACUAUUUUACAAAAAAAAACUAUAAAAUAUGUCAAUUGCAUAAAGUGAGAUGAACAAGGGCUUUGGGUAGAAUAGUGGACUGAAAAAAAUAACAUAGAUACAAUUAUAGUCUUAUCUUUGACCAUGUAGGGUUUGGUACCAGGGAUAAUUCAUAGGAAACGCUCAUAUUACUCUGGUUUAUUAACUCUGUGUGUACUGGGGCAACCUUUGCUGUGCUAGAAGCAGUUCCUCGUCUUCAUGGUUCUUGCUGUCUGUCAAGUGUCUCACAGCUUUGUCAAACCUCAACUCUGUCUCCUCUGGAACUGUUUCUAAUAAUAGUCAUGCUACUGAUUAAUUCAACAUUUAUAUAUUCAUCACAGAAAAGAAGCAUCCUCUGGUAUAGGUGCCACCUGAAAAUAAACUGUGUAAAUGUUCUCUAAAAUCAGAUUUUAAUAUUUUUUCAGUGUAAAUGUACAAUACUUACUGCUUAUUUGCCUGUGCAAUGAAUAUCUGAUGCUUUGAUCGGCUGUGUCAGAGAAUUAGUGGUACUCUUAUCUCUUGUUGUGAUCAGUUUCUGAUAUGUGUGUCUAAAACUUGAAUGUACAUAUUUAGAUGCUCUUGCUUUCUGACUAGCAGCAUGCAGACCCUCUUUUUAUUGCCAUGAAUCUGUAUGCCUGCUGGUAAGUCUUGCACAAUAAAAUCAG